AUGAUUGAUUUGACGAAAAGUGAAGUUGAGAAACGGUACAUUGCUGGAGCUCUCAACGGAAAAUGUCCUGCAAAUGCCCAAGUGAUUUACGGGGAUACAGACUCAGUGAUGGUUAAGUUUGGCGUCAAAACAGUGGCUGAAGCUAUGGAAAUAGGUUUGGAUGCAGCCACAGAAGUAAGCAAAAUAUUCACCCCACCGAUCAAGUUGGAGUUUGAAAAAGUUUACUUCCCAUACCUACUUAUUAACAAGAAAAGAUAUGCAGGCCUUUAUUUCACAAAACCAGACAAACACGAUAAAAUGGAUUGUAAGGCAAGUUUAAUAUUUUCUGGACUCGAAACUGUGCGACGCGAUAACUGCCCUCUAGUGGCGAAGGUGCUGAAUACGUGUCUGGAAAAGCUUCUUAUUGCUCGAGAUGCUACUUCAGCGCUCGAAUUCGCAAAAAGAGUUAUAUCAGACUUACUCUGCAAUAAGAUUGACAUUUCGCUGCUAAUCAUAAGCAAGGAGCUGACGAAGUCUGGAGAUAAAUAUCAAGCCAAGCAAGCACACGUGGAGUUGGCGGCCAGAAUGCGGAAACGAGAUCCAGGAUCGGCACCUCGACUUGGUGAUAGGGUCCCCUAUGUUAUCAUUGCCUCGGCGAAGAAUGUACCCGCCUACGAGAAAGCAGAAGACCCAGCUUUCGUUCUGAAGAAUAAUAUUCCAAUUGAUACCAAGCACUACCUCACCAAUCAGUUGGCAAAACCUCUUGCUAGGAUUUUCGAGCCAAUUUUGGGUGAUCGUGCUGAGCGGUUUGUCGAGCUUCGCGAUGAUGGUUUCUCGAUGGUUGUGCUGGAUCGCGAUAUAAUCGAGGAGUGUGUCGUUGUUGCUGGAGCUUAUGAAUGUACACUGGUUGAAGGCGAGCACACAAGAGUCAGGACUAUGGUGCAGAGUAAAGUAGGCGGUCUUGCCGCUUUCACAAAGAAGAUGGUCACUUGCUUAGGGUUUGUCAACCUUUUUGAAGGUUUAACAUCAAAAUUUAUUACGUUUUUUAGAUGCAAAGCAGUGCUGAAGGACCAAACCGGUGCUGCUUGUGAUUUUUGCAUAUCUAAAGGGAAACUUCCUGAGAUUUAUGUCGGCAGGUAUUUGGCUUUUCAAGAAAAGAUGUGUCGCAUUUGUACUGCAAUCACAGUUGAUCGCGGUUAUUGGCAAUGCAUGAGCCCGGCGCUAUGGGAGGAACCACGUGUGAUACGAUAUGAUGUAACUCAAUUAAAGAAGACAAGUGCAUUGAAAUAA